AUGGGACUUGAAAUAGACUACUUAUUCCAUCCCCGCUCCAUUGCCGUUGCCGGAGCCUCAGAAUCGCCGGACAAGACCGGCCACACCUACUUCAAGAACGUACUUGAUAACUUCAAGGGUAAAUCAUACCCCAUCAACUUCCGGGCCCCCGAAGUCCUGGGAGUCCCCACCUACAAGUCCGUGCGCGACCUCCCCGAGGACGUGGACUACGUCAUCUCCGCCAUCCCCAACCGGGACAUCAUAGACCUGGUGGAAGCCUGCAUCAGCAAGAACGCCAAGGUGCUUCACCUGUUCACGGCCCGGUUCAGCGAAACGGGCUUCGAGAGGGAGACCCAGCUGGAGUACGAGAUGCUGGAGAAGGCGCGGGCCGGCGGUCUGCGCAUCCUUGGCCCCAACUGCAUGGGCCUCUACUAUCCGAAAGAGGGGAUCGCCUGGGGCCGUGACUUCCCCCAGGAGUCCGGCAAUGUGGGCAUCAUCUCCCAGAGCGGAGGCAACGGAGGCGAAAUCAUCUCCACCGGGGCCAGCCGCGGUCUCAGGUUCAGCAAGGUCGUCAGCUACGGCAACGCCCUGGACCUGAACGAAGCAGACCUUAUCGAUUACUUCGCCGAAGACCCGGAGACGGAGAUCAUCGGCGGGUACAUCGAGGGCGUGAGGGACGGCAAACGACUGUUCAAGGCUCUCCGCAACGCCUCAAAGCGCAAGCCGGUUGUCCUGCUGAAGGGCGGCAGGACACAGGCUGGGACCCACAUGGUCUCCUCCCAUACGGCUUCCAUGGCCGGCACACGCGAGGUCUGGGAGGCCAUGUGCCGUCAGACCGGUGUCACCAACGCGCAGAGUCUUGAUGAGCUGAUGGACAUGCUGGUUGCCUUCUCCACCAUGCCGCCCGCCAAGGGCUUCAAUCUCCUGGUCGGCGGAGGCGCGGGAGGAAGGAGCGUCCUCUCGGCGGACGAGUGCGAGGAGGAGGGCCUUCAUCUGCAGCAAAUCCCCGAGGACGUGCGCCAGGAGCUGGAACGGCAGGACCCCUUCUUUGGCGCGUGGGUGACCAACCCCGUGGACAGCUCGAUAAUGGGCGGCAGCAACCUGACCCCUACGACGUGGUGCAGCUGA